AUGGCCACUCCUGCUACUGCUCCUCCAGUUCAAGACGAUUCUCCAGAAAUCCCAACUGCCAACUAUGAAUCCAAAGAAUUAACCCCAGAACAAGUUCAAAUUAUUUUAAACACCGUUCCAAUUUUGGAAGCAGCCGGUGAAACCUUAACCAGAAAGUUUUAUCAACGUAUGAUUGGAACUUAUAAAGUUGUUAGACCUUUCUUUAACGAAACUGAUCAAAGAGAAUUCAGACAACCAAAAAUCUUAGCAUUUGCUUUAUUAAACUAUGCUAAGAACAUUCAAGACUUGACUCCCUUGACUGCAUUUGUUAAACAAAUUGUGAUUAAACAUAUUGGUUUACAAGUUCUUCCAGAACACUACCCUAUUGUCGGGACUUGUUUGAUCCAAACUAUGGUUGAAUUAUUACCUGCUGAAGUCGCCAACGAAGCCUUCUUGGAAGCUUGGUCAACCGCAUACGGUAACUUAGCUAAAUUGUUAAUCGAUUUAGAAGCUGAAGAAUACAAAAAGCAACCAUGGCGUUGGUUUAAGGAUUUCAAGAUUACCAAGAUUGUAGAUGAAUGUGCCGAUGUUAAGUCGGUUUACUUCACUCCUGUUGAUGGAUCUAAAAUUGGUACUCCAGUUCCUGGUCAAUAUUUAUGUUUCAGAUGGACCAUUCCAGGUACUGAACAUGAAGUAUCUA